AUGAUUAAUCUGAACGAAGAACCUUCAGCCUCUGAUAAUCUCAAGUUUCGUCUUUUUAACUUGGAUGAUGGUCUUGGUAAAACAUAUUCGUUUGGUGUUGACAGUGUACAACAUAAUUACACAACAUCUCGUUAUGUACAAGCCACAACAAUCAACAUGAAAACAAAAAUUGCUAUUGAAACAAUUAGCAAAACGUAUCAAGAAUUUCGACAUAAGUUUGAUCCACUGUUUACAGCAGCUCUCGACAAACUCGUCUCUAAACCUACGACAUCGAAAGAUCAAGCCUAUUACAAUCGUCUCAUAGAAACAUUUGGUACUCAUUAUGUCUCAUCAGUCAUUGUUGGAGGGCUAGGCAAUCUCUACACAUACAUCACUAGUAGCUAUGAAAAAGAAUAUAGUCGUUCAGCUGUUGAAGAGGAAAUCACAAUUGGCUUUCAAUAUGUUAUAAAAAACGGUUUGGUAGGUGCCCAAGCAAACGGUGCUUUUAAUUGGGGUGAAGAAGAAUCAAGUCUUACUGAAGAAUUCAAACAAAAUUCUGAAAUGCAAACAAAAUUUAUUCCAGCUGUUGUAAUUUCACCUCAGAAUGAAAGACGACAGUGGGAUGUUUGGAAGGAGCAAACAUUAUCUGAACCAGCAGUUGUCAACCGCACACUGUCUCCUCUCGUCAAUCUUCUCCUCGAUUAUCCAGAUGAAGUUCAAAAGCACUUGCAGGCAACUAUUGAUUACUACCUUCUCAACGGAGUCGUCCCAACGUUAAAUCAAGUGUUAAGUAGCAAGUCCAGACGAAAGAAACGUGCUCUCAUCAAUUUGAAUCAAGCCAGGCCAAUUCCAGGUCUUGAUGUUGUGGGUUGUGGAUUCGACAUUGGUGAUAUUGAAAGUCGUCAAUGCCUCUUUGACCUAUCGACAGAUACGAAUACUACUUCUUCAUGGAUUGAUGUCUAUAACAAUGAUAAAACUUACACGAUUCCACCCAAUUUUUUUGUCUCAGACAAACGUGAUGCCAGUGCAAUGUAUGAAAGCAGAUUCUUCAAAACACUUGAUGAAUUCUUUCAAAUGUCUAUCUACAGUAUACAAGAAGAUCAUAAAGGCUUCCUUGGUUUUGGAGCAACAUCAAAACGUAAAGACAUUAUUGAGAAAUACCAUCAAUUUUACGACUAUAAAUAUCAAAUGGCUUGGACACGAAGACAAAUUUCAAUGUACACACUUUCUGUAGCCACGUUUCCAACACCACAAUUCAAUGACAUAACGCAACAAGCUAUUGAUCAACUACCUAAUACAUUUGAUAACAGCUCCAUUUCAAAUAUCAAAAAAUGGAAAGCAUUCUUCGAUGCCUAUGGAACACAUUUUGUUGCCAGUUCGGACAUGGGUGGUUUAUUGUGGGCAGAAGAUUAUUUUGAAGGAUGUUUAAUUACAAAAUAUAGUGAAAGAUGGGUUAGAGAACAAGUGAGAAGAAGUUAUUGGUUUUUUGGUGAUACAACUUAUUCAGAAAGUUAUACAAUGAAUGUUGAUCAAAUCUACAAAAAAUAUAGUUCAUCUAUGUCAAAAAUGAUUGGUGGCAUGGAUAAUAAUCCAGGUGAAGCCUCCUCAAUUGAACCCUAUGUUAUUAAUACUUGGAUUUCAACACUUAAAAACUAUCCACAACCCAUUAACUAUCGUCUUCUACCGAUUUAUACAUUACUUCCAAAAGGUGUUAAAAAAGAAGCAAUGAAAAAUGCAACAUACUACUUUCGUUUACAGGCAGCUGCAGAUGCAAAUCUCUACAUCCAACGUUUACAAACACAUCCAAAUCCACCACCUUUGCCGAAAUUAGAUUGUUCUCCAACUGCUCAACGAAGAAAACGUGCUAUCAUAAGUUCCGCAUUCGAUCUGACAGCAGCACGAAAAAGUCUCUGUCCAGUUGUUGGAUUUCGAGGAACGUUUUGCCCUGGUGAUCCAGCUUGGAAUAUCAGUUUUACUAACUCGUCGAUCAUCUUUAGAGCUCUAUCACUCUUGUCACAGCAAGAUUUGCCAAAAGGUGUUGGCAUGGCUAUCGACAUGAGCACUGGGAAUGUUCUUUUGCCAGCUUUGCAACUCACAUAUCCUCUCUCACCUUCAUCUGAUUCUCUUUGGAAAGAUCCACAUUCUGGUCGUGACUUUAUCUUGCCGAACGAAGUUAGUCUUGAACCAUUGAAUGAUAAUUCACUCGAUGUCAAUGUUAGUUCAUAUUCUACCCCCACUGAAUUCAUCGACGCAUGGUUACGUUUAGGAGCUGACAGUGACUGGUCUACAAGCUUUCUCUCCAAUCUUCGAGACAUUUUGAAUAUUGAUUCGACGUAUUUUUUAGAUGAUCAAGGAACUGCAAUUGCUCAGAACUAUAGUAAACUCUAUAAUCUACGUGUUAAAGCGAUUGAUAAUCCUGCUUCCCUACCUUUGAACUCAUAUGCUCAUACUGCAAUAAACGCACUAACUGCUGCCUAUGAUGAGGAUCUCUACAAUGCAUUCUUCAACGCUUGGGGAACCCAUGUGACUGUUGAGACAACAGUUGGUGGUGUUACUGAAAAACAAGUCCUAUUUCAAAAAUGCUUAAAUUCAAGCGUAGCACGGCUGAAUCUUAAAGCGGAACUUCUCUCGAAGCGUCCGUGUAUCAGUGAAGAUUAUCAUAAAUGGCGGAAAACAUUUAGUGAUCAUCGUAUAGGUGGAAAUGUUGAUCUGAUUCAAGAUACAAAUGAGUGGUUUCAUACAUUGGCUUAUGCUCCUGCAAUGAUUUCUGUUAAACGUUAUGUUUCGUGGGCUGAUAUUAUAACAGAUCCAUCUGUGAAAAAGAAUUUACAAGGGGCAAUCAUUCGACGAAUUAAUAAUGCCAACGUAGAUCGACAAGAACAAGUAAAUAAAGUGUUUGAAAGGCGAAAACUCAGCCGUAUUCCAACUAAUUUGAUCUUGUGGAGAGUAACUCAGAUGGCUAAUUUAACAUUUUCUCCAAUCAUAUCAAAUCCAACAGCUCCCAUUCCUGUCCUUCUUCAAAAUAUUAACACUUGUGGUUCGGGUCAAACACUAGAAGAACUUUUAGCCUCCUCUUGUACAUUGACAACCAAGAUGACUGCCUGUACAUUACAAUCAAAUUCUCCUACUAAUAUGAUUACGGAAGUACCAAUUUCAUAUGAAAGAAAUUUGAUUACAGGCGAUCUACGUGUUGUAGCUUUACGACAGUAUGGUAUUGGUGGAAAUCAAACUUCAUUCAAAAAUUACGACCUUGUUGGUAACUGGAUUAGAAGUGGUUGUUCAGAGAUUAUAAAUAAUCAGUGUGGAUUAUUGGCACUGUAUAGCGUUCAUCGAGUUCAGUUAUGUACACGUUGUCUUGAGUUUUGUGCUAAUAAGAUCAACACUGAUUUAGCUACUCAUUGCACAUGUCCGUCAUUGGCUGAAAAUAAUUGUCCAGCUUAUUCGGAAGCAGGACCUUAUCAACCGUAUUGCAAUAAUGAAGGCUGA